GGGGGCGGGGUGCGGCGGGAGCGUGGGGCGGGGGCCUAUGCGCGGGGCAGGGACCCGGGUAGCCCGGCAGGGACGCCGGGACCUGGGCCUUUGCACUGCGCCGGCGGAUUCUACGCAGACCCGCUGGUCCCCGCGCCCGGCGCCGGCGGCCUCACCAUGUUCACCUUUGUGGUUCGCGACGAGAACAGCAGCGUCUACGCCGAGGUCUCCCGGCUGCUGGUUGCCUCUGGCCACUGGAAGAGGCUGCGGCGGGACAACCCCAGGUUCAACCUGAUGCUGGGGGAGCGGAACCGGCUGCCCUUCGGGAGACUGGGUCACGAGCCUGGGCUGCUGCAGUUGGUGAAUUACUACCGGGGGGCUGACAAACUGUGCCGCAAAGCCUCUCUGGUGAAGCUAAUCAAGACAAGCCCAGAACUGGUCGAGUCCUGCACGUGGUUCCCCGAGUCCUACGUGAUCUACCCCACCAACCUGAAGACCCCAGCUGCUCCUGCACAGAACGGGACCCACGUGCCCAUCUGUAACUCGAGGACAGAUGAGAGGGAAUUCUUCCUGGCAUCUUACAACAAAAAGAAGGAGGAUGGAGAGGGCAACGUUUGGAUUGCAAAGUCAUCUGCUGGGGCCAAAGGGGAAGGCAUUCUCAUCUCCUCAGAGGCCACGGAACUUCUGGACUUCAUAGACCGCCAAGGCCAGGUUCACGUGAUCCAGAAGUACUUAGAGCGCCCUCUGCUGCUGGAGCCAGGUCAUCGCAAGUUCGACAUUCGGAGCUGGGUCUUGCUGGAUCACCAGUAUAACAUCUACCUCUAUCGCGAGGGUGUGCUGCGGACUGCAUCAGAACCCUAUCAUGCCGAUAAUUUCCAAGACAAAACCUGCCACUUGACCAAUCACUGCAUUCAAAAGGAACACUCAAAGAACUAUGGGAAAUACGAAGAAGGGAACGAAAUGUUCUUUGACGAGUUCAGUCAGUACCUGACGGCUGCUUUGAACAUCACACUGGAGAAUACUAUCUUACUACAAAUCAAACACAUCAUAAGGAGCUGCCUCUCGAGUGUGGAGCCCGCCAUCAGCACACGACACCUCCCUUACCACAGCUUCCAGCUGUUUGGCUUCGACUUCAUGGUGGACGAGGAGCUGAAGGUCUGGCUCAUCGAGGUCAACGGCGCCCCCGCUUGUGCUCAGAAGCUCUACGCAGAACUGUGCCAGGGGAUCGUGGACGUGGCCAUCUCCAGCAUCUUCCCGCCCCCGGAUGCCGAGCAGCAGCAGAGCCAGCCGACUGCCUUUGUCAGGCUGUGACCGAGGGCCGAGUGCGGGGUCCUGCUCCAGGGGAAGCCAAGCGAGAAAGAGGCAGCAGGCAAAGACGCAAUGGAGGAGAAAGCAUGACAGCGGAGGUGACUCCCCAGAGCCGCAGCUCAGGGCCCCCGAGGGGAGAACUAAAUGCUCUUCUCAGGGGAAGACACUGGGAUUUGGUUGUUUUAUGCUCCCAUCAUUUAAAGAAUCGAGCUUCCGUCCUAAGGCAGCCAUGGGAGCCAUGCUGCUCCUCCCCGGGGACUGUUGGACCUUUGGUGUCCCCACCUGCUGCAGCCUUCGUGCCUUAGCUCUGUGCCCGCCGCCACCUUCUGUCUGCAUGGGGAUUGGAUGCUACCGUGUUGCGGAGUUGCCGGUGUGACCCUGCCCGUCCCCCCAUGACACUCUGGACAGGCAUGCGCCGGCAGCCCUGGGUUUCUUGGCCUCGUGGGGCAGGGCCUUCUCCUGUCUCCAUUCCUGAGCCUUUAGGUCAGUCCCGUCAGGUUGGUGUGGGCCAGGCACCAACACAGCAAACGCUGUUCUCUGCAUGUUUUAAAAACCAAGCAGCACGUUGGCCACAGCCCGUUAGCAUCAAAUUAGCAUGAGAGAGAAAACAUGAUGUCUUGCUUUACUCAGUAGUGGGUGCCUUGGGAUAUGAUGCUUUCAGUCACCUUAGUUGUAAUCAGAAUCCACAGCAUUUUUGCAGAGUUCCCUGUAUUCACGAUUUUCGUUUUCACUUUUGUGAAAACCUCUCUUGGGGUCAGAAAGUAGAAUUCCUGGCCCCGGGGUGGCACCGCCCCAGGACAGGGAGUCCCUGCCACUCACUCUCCGCGCUCGCCACGUAUCUCUGCUGAGGUUGGAGGGCGGGUUCUGUUCUAGUGAGCGGCCUCUGUCCCGGAGACAGGCUCUCCCCAGACAGAAAAGUUGGGGUUCCAGAGCUCCACAUAGCCUCUCAUGGGCCAACAGAAGUGUCCCAUUUGGUGUGAUUUCCACUCCCCAGCUUGAGUAGUAUGCUGCAGACUUUUCAGGAGGCCACGUCACCAGCAGUGGGAAGGACAGGUGCCACUUGUGCUGGCUGAGCUGAGGGAGCGUGCCCUUCCCAGGCAGUGUGGCCGUCAGAGCAGACCCCUAGACCAGGCACCUCCACACUAGAACGUGGUGCAUGUGCCCUUCCUGCAUACGUGUACUCAUUAUUCAUUCUACUCACACGAAAAGGCAGUCCUGUACUUGGGAAAAUGUUUUUAAAAGGAGAAGGAAAAACAACAGCUCCUCAAACAUGAUGGGAAGUGGGAGCUUACAGUGAAAAUGGAAUGAUAAAAAUAUAAUAGAUGCAGCAAUCAGUGUAGCAUGUGAAAGUGUGACAGCAGGGUGAAGGGGACAAAGGCCCAGCUAGUUGACUCACGUGGAGAUUUGCAAUUACAAAACCAAGUCCUGGUUUUUACCCAGAGUCUAGAUCACAAAUUUGCAUGCAGAGCGGAGUGGAACAGUCAGUGGUAAAAGUCACUCCUGAAGGCCCAGUGAGCUGCCAGGUUGGCGUUUAGGGACGUGUAUGUAGGUCGUGGCCAGUUGCACACCCACUUAGAGAGUGUGGAGUAUUGGGUCCUUGGGAUGUCUACGUGGGCUGGUAAUGGGGAAAGUGUGGAGGUUUUUAUAGUGCUGUGACACGUGAAGGCAGGUAUGUCAUGAUCUUUGGGACCUAAUCUACAGGGACACUCAGGAGUUCUCCAGCUGCUAAGCGACAGAGCUAAGAGUUCAGAGAUGUUAGGAAGUCUAUGGGUCUUGAUGGAUUUUCUAAGCCUGAAUCAAUAGCAUAUAUGUGAGGGAAGUGAGGCUCCAGUAGGAAGUGAUGCUUCAUUCAUUCCUCACGUGGUUCCAAAUAAGUGUUUAUUUUAUGAGUUUAUUUCCGAUCGGGGGUGCUUGGCUCAGAACUGUUCCAUACUCUUCCGUGUCCUUGCAGUGAUGGUCCUGCCCGGCUGCCCAGUCAGUCCUUCUGCAUGUGUCCGUGUUCGUGUCGCCAGUUGCUGGGAGGAGGUAUUCCUCAUUGGAGAUGCCCCUCCAGUCUUGGCUCUAUCCUUGGCCACUCAGUGGCAGACAGGCCGUAACCUCUCUGUGCCUUCGCUUCUUGUCUCACGGGAGGGAUCACUGCCUGACCCAGGACUACCUCACAGGCUUUAGCGAGCACAGGGGAGGUUAGGAAGACUCAAGGACCGUCAGUACCAAGGUGCCCAGUGCUGUGUGCUGGGAUCACUUGGGACGCGUCUCGCAGUGCUGGUGUCCACAUUGUCCCCCUCCCCCACCUUGACAAUUAACUGGAACCUCAGGCAUCAGUGUGCAUAGAGGUGCCUUGAACCGUAGAAUAGAAUAGAAGGGAGAACAAACACAUUACUAUUACCUUGGGAGAAUCAAAUAAGGCCUAGGGCUUUUGGAAGGACAGGCUUCUCUUUAAGAAUGACCAGAUGUUGACACAGGUACUUAUGCGACUAGAAAGUGCCGUCUAAGCAGCUUCUCUCUUUGCUUCAUGUCAAACAGCCUUUGUCUAUUUACAGUCUGGGAAGCCUUGGCAACAAGUGUAAACAGACGGGGGCUUAUCAAUCUGCUAACUACAUGUUAAGGUUACUACUUCCUGAGAGAAAAGCCCCUGUCCUCACACUAACUCCUAGGGGAUUACGAACUCCACUCUGCCCAGAACAUUCAAGUGCCUCAGUGCCUGAUGCGGUGGAGCAGGUGCUGGCAUACUUACCAGCCGACACGCUAUCCCCCUUGCGCCCUGGACAGCUGUCACAGACGUGGGAGACGUGGUUGUGCUGGGACGGUCCGGGAUGCACAGAACCACAGCACAGUGAAGCUACAGAGUGUAUUUCAUGAGCAGUUGUGGUUGUGUCAAGCAGAGUGGACCCAGCCCUCUUGUGGGUGUGGUGGGGACUCCACUAGAGAAGUCAGGCACCAGGGUGGCCCCCACAGCAUGUUCUGCUUUAAAGGAAUCAGUGGUGCCCUUGGCUCUGAUCCUGGACACAAGCUCUGUACCUAGGAAGACAUGACUUCUGAAAAACGGCGAUCUUAUGAAUGUUUAAAAUGCCUGGGGCAUUAAAGUAAUAAUAUUUCAAAUGUUUUUGUCCCCUAAGGUCUCAUAGUCUUAUUGUGGGUGUUGAUUGUCCUAGGACUCACUGGUGGGUUGAAUCCAUGAUUCUGUUACCCAGCCACAGGCAGACUUUCUGUAAAGGGCCAGACAGUAAAUAUUCUAGACUUUGUAAGCCAUGUGGGGUCUCUGUUGCAGUUUCUUCUUUGUCUCUUCCCCAACUCUUAGAAAAUAUACAAAACAUCCUUAGCACAUAGGCCAUACAAAAACAGGCCAGAAGUGGCCGUCACUGGCUGAACCCAGCAUGUCAUUCAAUACAUAAGUCAACAGAUUGUCCCUCCUAACUGAGACUUCCAUAGGAGG